AUGCAUCCUGCGGCCGCCUCUGCAACCCGCCGUCGGGAACAAGCGCAGAACCCCAGAACACGCAGCGACCCAAGGUUCGGGGCUCUAGAAACCCCAAACCAUUCGCCCGCGCAGUGCAACGCCCUGACGGCAUCUACAGAUUGUUCUGCCCUUGCUUCUAACAAGAGGGACGAUAACCCCAGUAGCGUUACACUGAUUGAUGAUUGGAUAAAUUCCCGGGAUACCAACUCAACUCAGCAGAUAGCCUUCAUGAUGUACACAAGUCGCUUUCUGAGCUCCGGCGCAUCUUGCCUCUGA